AAUGACAACGAGAGUGGUAGAGAAACAGAUGCUGAGCUGCAAAUCUCUAGGUCCUGGACCGGCGUACAAGCUGCCACCGGUGCUGGGCUAUGAAAAACACGAUCUCUCGCGCAGAAAGAACCCUGCAUUCACCAUCACAUCUCGACAUGAUGAAAAACUCCACGUUACUCCAGGUCCAGGUCCAAAUAGAUACAACACCUACCAUUUAACGCGCCAAGGUCCAGAGAAGCCGCCGUCUUUUUCCAUCGCCGGACGCGCUCCGUUUGUUGCCAUCGGAUCUGGACCAGGUCCUGGAGCAUAUCAUCCAGAAACGUAUACUCCAAGAUCUCCAUCAUUUUCCAUCCGAAUGAGAUUCAAACCAAGUCAUUUGUCAUCAGAUGGACCUGGGCCUAAUUCUUACCUCGUUCCUUCAUGUCUGGGACCUAAAAUUCCUCAUAAAAAAGCUUGUGGAGCAUUUUCUAUAAAAGGAAGAACAUCAGAUUUGAGUAAAACUUCAGGACCAGGACCCGCCGACUACGGAAAUCCAAAUUACAACGUAGUAAAAAAACAGUAUCCAUCAUUUUCGCUAAAAUUUCGUGAACGUGCGCUCAGUAAUGCCAGCAGCGGACCAGGUCCAAUGUACAAUCCAACUUACAGACCAGGAAAACAACCCCCGGCGUUCUCAUUUGGGAUUCGCCAUAACGAUUAAUAAAAAAUAUAUACAUAUAUUUAAACAUCUCGCUGUUAAUUUUUAAAUUAUUAAAUAUUAAUUGAAAAUAC